AUGAAACAUUUAGUGCUAAUAACUUUGUUGAUCCCUUUGCUGGAUAUUUCGGUGAGUGUCGCCGCCGCAUCAGGUAAAGGCUUGACAAUCAUCCGUCGAACACCUCGUCCACCAUUUCCUCCAGUCGAUGAGGAUUGGCUUUCAAAAGUUUUGGGGAAGAUCGAAGAAAUGAAGGAAAAGGAGAAGCAAAAAAUGCAAGAGCUAUUGGAUGAGAUUAAAAAGCGAAUAUGUCGUAAUGGUGAAUGUGAAUGGACAACAACAACGACGACAGAGGCAGCAGAAAAGGGCUCAGACGAGAAGGACAAGGAGAAGAAAUUUGAGGAUUGGCUGAAAGGAAUUUUGGAUGAGAAACACAACGCAACAAGGCCAUCGAUUCCCACAAAGGACGAGAUGAAGGAGAAAAUUAAACAUAUUCUCGAAGAUAUGAAAGGAGAAGAACAGAAACAGAAACAGAAGAAUGAAGGUGUAGAAGAUGAAGUGCAAACUAUGUCACCUUCCUGGGGUAAUCUCGAAUCGGCUAUGGCCAACUCUCGAGCGGACAAUACGAGUUCAGUGAAAGUGCCGAAAGAGGCGAACGAUGAGGGAUGGUGGAACAGCUUUUGGUUUUGGCUUAUACACGUUAUUGGUAAACUAAAUCUGCGAGCGGGUGAGGUGUGUCGGGCAGGAGAUUAUGGCGCCUGUACAAAGAGCAUCACGUGGUCAUGCACCAGCACCGCAGACUCGUUCAAACCCUUCAAAUCGAAUGCAUCGUGUAAUUUACUUGACUUCAACGUCCUCUUUUGGAUUAUUGGCUUUACGCUAUUGGCCGUUGGUGUAUGGGCACAUUUCGAAAAGAACAGUGCUUAUUCACAUCUCAACAAAGCGUCCAAGUUCUACUUGGAUCCGGCUGUUUUUCUCAUUUUUGCCGGUGGAUUGAUAUUCUUAAUUGGAUUCAGUGGUUGUAUUGGUGCACUAAGAGAAAAUACAUGUUUUCUGGCACUCUACUCGACUAUUAUUGGUCUCUUACUGCUGGCCGAAAUGGCACUGGUCGUACUCGUGUUUGCUUCAAAAGACUGGAUCACACAAGAGUUCUUCACUCGUCUGGACGAUACAGUGAUUAUGUAUCGGGACGAUCCGGAUUUGCAAGCACUGAUCGACUGGGUACAAAUCUAUUUCAAAUGUUGUGGAAUGCGUUCACCACACGAUUGGGAUAUGAAUGUCUAUUUUAAUAAGUCCUCGCAGCAGUUCUCAUCACCUGAGGCAGGUGGAGUGCCGUAUUCUUGUUGUAAGCAAUUGCGCGGCAUGAAUGGUGGUCCAAUCAACUAUUUCUGUGGUCACGGUGCGCGUUUGAUGAAAGAGGGUCUAAGCGAUGCCAUACACAGUGAGGGAUGUACACCAAAAAUUGAGAAUUAUCUAUCGCAGAAUAUGACUUAUGUGGCCGUUGCAGUUGUUCUUGUUGCUGUUAUACAGAUACUUGGUAUAUUGUUUGCUCAAAAUCUUCGUAGUGACAUCUUCGCACAGCGAGCGAAAUGGUUUCAUAGGUGA